AUGGCUCCUCUGACUCCCAGGCUUGUGGUGCCCGUCGAUGUGAAGAAGACGCCAUGGGAGCAGGAGGUUCAACUCCACAACCGCUGGCAUCCGGACAUCCCUCCCGUCGCCGAUGUGACCGAGGGGGAGUUGUUCCGUGUUGAGAUGGUCGAUUGGACCGGAGGACAGGUCAGAGACGAUGACUCCGCAGAUGACAUCAAAUCUCUGGAUCUCACCACUCCUCACUAUCUCAGUGGCCCACUUAGGGUAGUUGAUGCUGAGGGGGUUCCAGCUUCACCCGGCGAUCUUCUCGCGGUGGAGAUCUGCAACCUCGGCCCGCUUCCCGGCGAUGAGUGGGGUUAUACCGGCAUAUUCGAAAGGGAGAAUGGGGGCGGGUUCUUGACCGACCACUUCCCAAGUGCAAGAAAAGCCAUUUGGUAUUUCGAAGGGAUUUACGCACACUCCCCUCAGAUACCAGGUGUUCGGUUUCCGGGGUUAACUCAUCCUGGUAUAGUGGGAACUGCACCGUCGGCCGAGCUUCUCAAUAUAUGGAACCAAAGGGAAAGGGAAUUGGUCGAUACGGGCCACGAGUCUCUGAAACUGUGUGAAGUUCUACACCAGAGACCCCUUGCUAACUUACCAACCUCCCACAGCUGCUUACUUGGGAAGAUCCAAGAAGGGACUCCUGAGUGGCAAAGGAUUGCAAAUGAAGCAGCAAGGACCAUUCCUGGAAGAGAGAAUGGGGGAAACUGUGACAUAAAGAAUCUAAGCAGAGGCUCCAAAGUUUAUCUGCCAGUAUUUGUUGAAGGAGCAAAUUUGAGUACCGGUGAUAUGCACUUCUCCCAAGGUGAUGGUGAAGUCUCAUUUUGCGGAGCGAUAGAAAUGAGUGGAUUCCUUGAGCUAAAGUGUGAGAUCAUAAGAGGUGGCAUGAAGGAGUACUUGACUCCUGUUGGUCCAACAGCACUUCAUGUGAACCCUAUCUUCGAGAUAGGCCCGGUGGAGCCGCGCUUCUCGGAAUGGUUAGUCUUCGAGGGCAUCAGCGUCGAUGAGUCGGGGAAGCAGCAUUUCCUUGACGCAUCAGUUGCCUACAAGCGUGCAGUUCUCAAUGCCAUUGAAUACCUUUCCAAGUUUGGGUACUCCAAGGAGCAGGCCUAUCUUUUGUUGUCAUGUUGUCCAUGUGAGGGUAGGAUAUCUGGAAUAGUAGAUGCCCCUAACGCAGUGGCGACACUUGCCAUCCCGACAGCGAUAUUCGACCAGUUACUCCAUGAGGAUGUGAGUCUAGUCAGUAAUGUGCAAAGCAUGGCUCCUGAUAGUAUCUCCUUCAUUCGUAAGCGUUUUCAAUGUUACGAGUACUUUUAUUUAGAACUCCAGUGGAGCACAAGACCAAAGCGGUACAAGGACACCAUGGCAUCAAUCAAACGUCUAAAAAUAAUGCGCGAUCAUGUUUACACAAUCUCUUAUAAUAAAUCUGAGUAA